AAUCCAUCAUGCCUGUCCCUUGGGAAGCUCUCAUUCCUUUCGGUUUACUCACUGCGAUGUUCGGGACAGCCGGAACGUUGCUCAACCUUUCGACGAGAGCUCAAAACAUGGGAAAGCCACCUCGAUAUCGUAUUGAUAACUGGGACGAAAUGAUGAUGAAGCGAGAUGAGCGGCUAACAGGACACAAACGAGGGCAGACGUCGAACCCCGUUGCGCCGCCCGGUUUUGAGACGAGCAGCGUAUGGAUGACAGAAAGUAUCUAGGUUGAUCAAACCAAUACCAUACCAUUCUUUCCUUC